AUGGGUGGUGGGCAAGCUGUUGCCGCCGACACGAUGCACGCGGCCGAGAACGGAAUCGCAUGCACACCCAUUGUCACGUUCUUGGGACCCAUUUCCUCCUAUACCCACCAGGCCGCUCUUCAGUCCUUUUCAGACGACAAGUAUGACUUGAGGCCUUCGACAAAUAUCGAUGAGGUCUUCGAGGUAGUGCAAAGAGGAGAGGCCGAUUUCGGCGUGGUCCCCUUUGAAAACUCCACCAACGGACCCGUCAUCUUCACCCUAGACAACCUCGCCAACCGCCUCCAGACCUGCCCCGACAUCACCGUCUGCGGCGAGGCCUACGUCGACGUGCACCACUUCCUCCUCGGACACCGGAACCCCGCCCUGCAGCUCGACGACGGCGGCGGCUCCGGCACCUGCACGCCCACCGCCGCGGACCCGAACCCGCUCAAGCCCCGGUCCAAGCCGCUCGGGAGCCUCAAGCACGUCACCCGGCUGUACUCGCACCCGCAAGCCUGGGGCCAGUGCUCCGUCUUCCUCUCCACCUACCUCAAGGGCGUCGAGACCAUCGACGUGAGCUCCACCAGCCGCGCGGCCGAGAUGGUCAAGGAGGACAAGACGGGGACCUCGGCCGCCAUCUCGAGCGAGAUCGCGGCCAAGGUCUACGGCGUCGACGUGCUCGCCAAGUCUAUCGAGGACCGCGAGGACAACACCACGCGCUUCUUCAUCAUCAAGAAGACGGGGCGGCCCGAGCUCAAGGUGCCUCGGCAGGGCCAGGGCGACGGCGAAAAGGUGCCCCGGUCGGAGACCAAGUCCCUCGUGUCCUUGACGGUCCCGCAUCACGAGCCCGGUGCUUUGGCCGACGUGCUGGACUGUUUCCGCAAGGCGAGGCUGAACCUCACGACCAUUAAUAGCCGGCCUAGCCUCAUCACGGCGUUUCAGUACCUCUUCUUCAUCGAGAUAGAAGGCCACUAUGACCUCGAUGCCGAGGUGAGGGAUGCCCUCGUUGAGGUGGAACGCGUGGCACAGAGCUCGAGGUGGUUAGGAAGCUGGUAUAGCCAGAGGAGAAGAAGCUCUAAAUCGUAG